AGUUUUUAUUUUUCCAACAGCGGCAGCUCGUUUUUAUUUUUCCUCUUAACCCUUCCCGAACCCUCGCGGACGCCCACCUCCUUCGCUCUCCUCGCCGUCACCUCUCGCCGGUCUCCGCCGUCUCCUUCCUCUCCAUCAUCACCGGCGUCGGCCUUCCCCCUCCAAUCUCCCUCAGGUGCUUUCCUUCCCACAGAUCUCCGAAAAAGAGAGGACGCCGACCUCCUCCCUGCUUUCCUCGCCACCAUCUCCCUCCGGUCUCCGCCGUCGCCUUCCUCUCCAUCGUCACCGGCGUCGGCCUUCCCUGUCGAUCUCCCUCAGGAAAUGCGCUAGUUGCUUUUGCUAGCCUCGACGCGGAGGGGAGAGAGGGGAUGCAGCAACCCCACGUGGCGGUAUCCGGUGCCACUCCGCCCCAGGAUCCACCGGACUCUAGUGGUGCCACCACGGAAGCUCCUCCAAAGCAGGUGGCUCUAGCCAUGGACCGACUGGCUCGCGCCGCCCGCCUCAUCGCAGACAUCCGGCUAGGGGCAGAUCACCUCCUGGAGGCACUCUUCUUGGCCACAAACACCCCCCACCACUCCAACAAGACCAUUGAGCUCAUUCGCAAAGAAGAGGCCUCCAUGCGCCAGCACUUCCAAGAUCUCCGAGCACUCGGAAAACAAUUGGAAGAUUCGGGAGUGUUAAAUGGGUCUCUUAAAUCACGAGGUAAUUCUUGGGGUUUGCACAUGCCCCUUGUUUGCCCAGAUGGCGCUGUUGUUGCAUAUGCUUGGAAACGUCAACUUGCUGGACAAGCAGGUGCAUCUGCUGUUGACAGAACCAGGUUGGCCCUCAAGGCAUUUACUGACCAGAAGAGGCGGUUUUUCCCUCACCUGGAAGAUGAACCAUUUGGCCAUUCUCAUGAUGGAGAGUUUGGGGUUGCAAAGAAACAAAGGACUUCCCAAGGAUUGGUGACAAGUCACAUAGAAGAGCUUAAUGAAGUAAAAACUUUGUCUGAUAUACUUACGGAUCUGGAAAAUAAGGUACCCAACAUGAAAAUCUUCACAUAUCAGCGCCUAGAUUGGUUGAAAAGAGCAUCCUUGUUGUCGUCUUCUGCAAACGAAAAUCCAGUGGAUCCAUCCAAGGAACAGAGCAUGCAUAAUCCAAACAAACUAAGAUCAGGUUCGGUUAAUGCUGUUGCUGUGGAUAAGGUUGCUGUCAUUGAGUUGUUAGUGCCUUCUGUUUUCAGAGCUGUGGUAUCACUGCAUUCAGCAGGAUCUAUAAACCCUGAUGCAGUGGCAUUUUUUUCUCCUGAUGAGGGAGGCAACUAUGUUCAUUCGAGAGGUUUAUCAGUUCAUUACAUAUUUAGACGUGUAACGGAACAUGCUGACAAGGCAUUGCAGUAUUUUCUUAGUGUGGAUGCUAAUACAUCACUUUCUCUACUUCUGCAUUGGAUCUACAGUUAUCAAACACUAUUUACAAAGGUUUGCAGUAAAUGUGGGCAUCUUCUGAUGAUGGAUAAAUCUUUAGCAUUGCUCUUGCCUCCUGUUCGCCGUCCCUACCGGCAAACUUGCACAACCAACUUUAACCAAUCCCAAUUGACACCAUCAGCUAAGGUCCAGAAUGUAGAUCUUAACAGUGCAUAUCAUAUUGGGUGUUCAGAUGAAGUCUAAUGAAGCUUGUGUCUUUAUCUCAACUUGUUAUCUCAUCUCCAUGGUGGACUACAUUUGUAGUUACGGAGGGCAGUAUAUUUUCUAACCAAAUGAAUAUGCAGUGUUCAGGUGAUGUUGUCGAGAGAAUAGUUGGAGAUUCUUAUGUCGAAGAUUUGGUGUCUUCUCAAUGCUAGACGUUUGAACAAAGUGCAUCUGAAGCCACUUCCGAUACUUGUCGAAGCUCACAUAAGGUAGAUAAGUUGGAACGGUUGGACUAUAGAUAUACUACAAGUCAUUUUUGAUGGUUUGAAACUGUGGUUGGUUAGUCUAUUGUUUAUAUAUCUUUUUGAUCAUGAAAGGAUAGUCUUUGGUGAUUGCAAGAUGUGGUUCUGUAACAUAUGCUCCUUCAGAUCAUUAUCCAAAGGCUUACAAUUGAUAGUGAUGCUCUUUUGGAUCAUGCAUAUUUUGUUUAUAUGCAUCAUGCUUCGUCAUCGCCAUCAAAAGAAUUCUAUGCAAAAUACUUGUUUAUAUCUGUGGUUGAAUUGGCGUUGUCAUGAAUGCUGUCCCACCGGGCAAGGAUCCUAGCACUUCCCUUAACCUUAAAAUGCAUGACGAUGUAAUAGAAAUAGCAUCUCCAGAAUAUCUUUUCAGAAUUGCGUGGAACGAGCUUAGCUGCAUCAAUUUCCGCAUCUCCUCAUCCUUUUCAUUUCGGGGGCUUCAUCCUUGUGUAUUAGCAAUGCUUAUGCCAUCACCAUCCUCUCCAUCAUUAUCAUGGUCGUUAUCAUCGCCACAUCUUCAUUGUUGUUCAGGCAUGCUACAUCGGAGUUUCUAUUUCUAGUUUGCCAAGUUUCUGAGGAACAGGAAAGGUACGCUUGGCUGAUCGCUGGUGAUCCUGGCUUUGAUGUCUACAUCUAAUGCAUAUAUU